AUGGUAGAUCCCCGUUGCUCAGUGUCCUUCCCCGGGGGAAGGGGUGAUGGUGUCAGUUGUGGCUCUGGAAUCGGAUCGGAUGGCGGCUCCGGCAGCUGCAGCAGGGGUGGCAGCGGCGGUUCCCAGCAGAGGAGAAAAGGUGGCUGUCGCUGGCAGAGGUCACCUGGACCUGGCAGAGGAUGGGGAGGACCAGAUCCAGAUCCAGGACAUAGAGUUUUGGAGAUAAGGCCUGCAGGGGACAGGACCUUCCAGAAGUGGACGGCCGUGGUGGUGCCCUUUGGAGAGAAGCAGAGAUACACAUGCAGUGUAGAGCAUGAGGGGCUUCCUGAGCCCCUCACCCUGAGAUGGAAGUCCCAUUCUCAGUCUGCCACCCCCAUCAUGGGAAUUGUUGCUGUCCUGGUUUUCCUUGGAGCUUUGGACAUUGGAGCUGUGGUGGCUGGAAAUGUGAUCUGGAGGAAGAAGAGCUCAGGUGGGAAAGGAGGGAGCUUCGCUCAAGCUGCAAGCAGCGACAGUGCCCAAGGCUCUGAUGUGACUCUCAUGGCUUCUAAAGGUUGUUCUGCCUGCAGACCGAAGACACUCUUCAAUGACGGUUUUCAUUGGGUAUCCGGUUCUAGAGGAGUCCAUCAGAGUUAG